AUGAUUUGGAAGUAUGAGGAAAUUAACCCUGCGCAUUUCGAUGACUUUUGUGACAUUACGGAUAAUACAUAUACAACAAAAGAAGUGAUCAAAAUGGAGGCUGAUGUGCUAAAAUGCCUCCAAUUUGAAAUGGGAAAUCCCACCACCAAAACAUUUCUUAUGUAUGUAACUGUUUCACUAAUUACUAGUCGUGCACUUGUUAAAGAACGGUUAAGACGGUUUACCAAAAUUGCUCAAGAAGAUUGCAAAUUAGAGUUUCUGGGCUACUACCUAGCGGAGUUAAGUUUAUUGGAUUACAAUUGUGUUAAAUUCUUGCCUUCUUUGGUAGCUGCUGCUGUGAUAUUCUUGUCAAGGUUCACAUUACAGCCAAAGUCACAUCCUUGGGGUCUGGCUCUUCAACGUUGUUCAGGAUAUAAAGCAGCAGAUUUAAAGGAAUGUGUUCUUGUCAUACAUGACUUGCAAUUAAGUAGAAGAGGAAACUAUUUGGGAGCUGUGAGGGACAAAUACGAGCAGUGUAAGUUCGUAUGUGUUUCAACAUUGUCGUCUCCUUUGAAAAAACCUGAUUCAUUCUUCAAAGAUACAAGACAAUGA